AUGACGGAUCUUACUCCGGCAGUCAAUGACCUGCUUAGGUCUCGCGGUAGCUCUAUGCUGUCCGGCGAGGCCAUCAAGCCAUCAGACCUGCAGGUCGACGAGUUCCUCAAGGAGGCACAUAGAAUUAACUUCCAUAUAUCCUCUCUGCUGGCCUAUCUAAAGUCGAUACGGACAGCCUAUCUCUCCGCUGCGCCCGCUCGAGCAACCUUCGGCCAUCACGCAGACUUCAACCCGAACCCGCUCAACCCAGGCUCGAUAUCAACCCACCUUACUGACCCGGAGAGAGACGCAAUCGACUCCUCGACAGCGUCUCUACUACAAGAUCUCUCCCGCUCAAUCGGUAACCUUGCGUCGGCUGAAUCACUGCGGUGCCAGACCCAGGCGUCUGUGUUGCGCAAGAAGUACGGCCACGGCAGGCUGAAUGAACGACUAUGGCAGUGGGCGGGGGGUGGGGGGGCGGUAGAAGUGCCGCGAACGCCUGAGCAGGAAGAAGCAGAGGACACGGAGAAGAAUGUGGCCGGUAUACGGGAGAGUGUGCUGUGGUUUCUUCGGCGGGGUUUAGAGGCGGCUGCGGCGGUGCAGAGGGAGAUGGUGGAGAAGCGGAUCGAGAGGGCUAGAGAGAAGGAGAAGAGUGUGUUGUAUAAGGCUAAGGCGGGACAGGUAGCAGUAGAUGGUGCGGGUAGCGGUGGAAUGUACGAUGGUGGGAAUGGGCAGGGGGGGGAUACGUUGAGGGGACGAGAUGUUUCUGUUGACGAGAAGGAGGCGGCGGCCAUCGAGUCGCAGCUAUCGCCGGAACAGCUGCAGCUCUUUGCGCAGGAGAAUGACGGGAUGCUCAAGUACUAUGAGGAUACCCUUGGGAAGGUCCAGAAGACUACAUCAACCAGCUGGUGCGGGACGCAGACACGACGCAUGCCAACGUCGGGAGAGGCAACAAGGAGCUGA